AUGGGAACAACCAUCGUCGGCCAUUCCAUUCCAAAUUUUCGUUUGCUUCCUUUGCCCAAUUUCCUUCUUCUAACUCUUCCAGUCGACAUGGAUUCCUCAGUCGCAAUUGACAACGACCACCAAAGUCCUCGAAAAGGCGGUUGGGCCGCCGUCAUUUUCGUCAUCUUUGUUGAGAUGGCUGAGCGUUUUGCUUUCUAUGGUUUGGCCGGAAACCUCAUCACUUAUCUCACCAACAACCUCGGUGAGCCGGUUGCGACCGCCGCUAAGAACGUCAAUACUUGGGUUGGCGUUUCCGCCAUCUUCCCUGUACUUGGAGCUAUAGUCGCCGAUUCAUAUCUAGGCCGCUUCAAGACCAUCCUCGCUUCCUCUUCCAUCUACUUCCUGGGAAUGGUGUUAUUGAGUUUAUCAGUCUCAGUGAUACCUAUGCAUUAUCGGAAACCACUGUUUUUUACAGCACUUUACAUAUUAGCCAUCGGUGAAGGUGGCCAUAAACCCUGCGUUCAGACCUUCGCCGCCGAUCAGUUCGACGAAAACAACCCAGAAGAGAAGGCCGCCAAAAGCUCGUUUUUCAACUGGUGGUAUCUGGGGAUCGUUGCCGGCGCCUCUGUCGCCAUUGUUGUCGUCAUUUAUCUACAGGAAAAUGUUAGUUGGGCGGCGGGGUUUGGGGUGUUAGCAGCGUCGUUGGCGGUGGCAUUGGCGUUGUUUUUGAUAGGGAUGAGGAGGUAUCGAAAGCAGCGUCCGACGGGAAGUCCCUUCAGCACGGUGGCUCAGGUGUUCGUAGCGGCGGCGAGGAAGUGGGGCUUGACUGAGACGCACGGUGGCAGGGGCAUUUGUUAUGAGGAUGAUAGAGGUGACACCAUGGGCCACAAGUUGGUCCGUACAAAGCAAUUUAGGUUUCUAGACAAGGCAAUGAUCAUUGACAAUGAAGAUGGCAUGACCGAACCCAGGAAUCCAUGGAGGCUUUGUCCAUUGAACCAAGUUGAAGAAGUUAAGCUUUUACUUAGACUUGUCCCCAUCUGGCUUAGUUGCCUAAUGUUUUGCGCCGUGAUAGCUCAAUUGCACACAUUUUUCACCAAGCAAGGCAGCACAAUGUCGAGAUCUCUCGGCCCCGAUUUCCUAGUCCCUCCGGCCGCACUUCAAAGCCUAGUAGGUCUCACCAUCCUCAUCGCCGUUCCGAUCUACGAUCGUGUUUUCGUCCCCAUGGCCGGAAAAUUAACAAAAAACCCCACAGGAAUAACCAUCCUACAAAGAAUCGGUAUCGGUUUAUUCGUGUCCAUACUUAACAUGGUUGUUGCAGGCAUUGUCGAGACCGCUAGAGUUAACACCGCUAGAAAACAUGGCCUUAUCGAUGCCCCAAAAGCGGUGGUCCCCAUGAGUAUAUGGUGGUUACUUCCACAGUACGUACUCACGGCAAUCGGAGAUGUGUUCACCAUUGUCGGGUUACAAGAAUUGUUCUACGAUCAAAUGCCGGAGGAAAUGCGAAGCAUCGGAGCGGCGGCCUAUAUAAGUAUAGUGGGAGUUGGGAGCUUUGUCAACACCGGGAUCAUCUCGGUGGUUCAAAUGAUCAGUUCAAAGCAUGGGAAUGAAUGGUUGGGAGAUAAUCUGAACCGUUCAAAUCUUAAUUACUUCUAUUGGGUAUUGGCAGCGUUGAGUGGUAUUAAUUUGUGUGUUUAUAUGUGGAUUUCUAAUGGCUUUGUGUACAAAAAGGUAGAAGAAUAUGAUGAAAUAAGUGAGGGCAAAGAGCAUGGGUAUUCGGAUGUAAGAGCAUGA